AUGGCCGCGCGUCCCGGACCGCUGUGGCUCGUGGGCCUGGCCCUGUGCGCGCUGAGCGGCGGCGGCCCCGGCCCGCGCCCCCCGGCCGGCUGCCCGGCCCGCCGCCUGGGCCCGCGCGAGCGCCGCGACAUGCAGCGCGAGAUCCUGGCGGUGCUGGGGCUGCCCGGGCGGCCCCGGCCCCGCCCCCGCGCGCCGCCCGCCGCCGCCCGGCUGCCCGCGUCGGCGCCGCUCUUCAUGCUGGACCUGUACCACGCCAUGGCCGACGACGACGACGAGGACGGCGGCCCCCCGGAGCGGCCCCCGGGCCGCGCCGACCUGGUCAUGAGCUUCGUCAACAUGGUGGAGCGUGACCGCACCCUGGGCCACCAGGAGCCCCACUGGAAGGAGUUCAGCUUCGACCUGGCCCAGAUCCCGGAGGGCGAGGCGGUCACGGCCGCUGAGUUCCGGAUUUACAAGCUGGCCAGCGCCCAUCUGCUCAACAGGACCCUGCACGUCAGCAUGUUCCAGGUGGUCAGGGAGCAGUCCAACAGGGAGUCUGACUUGUUCUUUUUGGAUCUUCAGACGCUCCGAGCUGGGGACGAGGGCUGGCUGGUGCUGGACGUGACAACGGCCAGUGACCGCUGGUUGUUGAGCCGGAACAAGGACCUGGGGCUCCGCCUCUAUGUAGAGACUGAAGACGGGCACAGCGUGGAUCCUGGCCUGGCCGGUCUGCUGGGGCGACGGGCGCCGCGCUCCAAGCAGCCUUUCCUGGUCACUUUUUUCAGGGCGAGCCCCAGUCCCGUCCGAGCCCCUCGGGCAGCCAGGCCCCUGAAGAGGAGGCCGCCGAAGAAAACCAAUGAGCUGCCGCACACGAACAGACUCCCAGGGAUCUUUGAUGUUCACGGUGCCAACGGCCGGCACGUUUGCCGGCGGCAUGAGCUCUACGUCAGCUUCCAGGACCUCGGCUGGCUGGACUGGGUCAUUGCCCCCCAAGGCUACUCGGCCUAUUACUGUGAGGGAGAGUGUUCCUUCCCGCUGGACUCGUGCAUGAACGCCACCAACCACGCCAUCCUGCAGUCCCUGGUGCACCUGAUGAAGCCAGAUGUGGUCCCCAAGGCGUGCUGCGCCCCCACCAAGCUGAGUGCCACCUCCGUGCUCUACUAUGACAGCAGCAACAACGUCAUCCUGCGGAAGCACCGCAACAUGGUGGUCAGGGCCUGCGGCUGCCACUGAGGCCCUGCCCCCGCCGCUGCCAGAGGCAGGAAACCCUCCAACC